CUCUAAAACCACUCUGUGUGGGGAACAUGAGAGCCAGACCAAAGCUCAGAGGAGCUUUGAAAGAUUAGACUGUCCUGUACCUAGCUGUGUAUCGCUGAGCAGUGAAAAGUCAAAGGAGUUAUAUGGUGUUAAUUACAACACAGAGCAACAGUCUGCCUCAGAGAGAGUGGACCAGGAGAGUUUAGAAGUUCCCAGUUUCCAGUCUUCCCAGCAGCAAGAAAGAAAUCUGGACUCAAUAUUUAUGCUCCUUGAGGACAACAUUUUCAGCUUUGUGAAGAAUGAGAUCAAGAAAACCAAGAAGAUUCUCAGCCCAGAUUACUCCGAUGGCUUAGAGAGUCAAGGGGAGGAUGAGGUGGUUUUGGAAAGUGAGGAUGAAGAAGAGCAGAAGAGGAGCAUGAGAGAUGCAGUUGUGAAGAUCGUUCUGCACUUUCUGAGGAAAAUGAAGCAGGGAGAACUGGCAGACCGUCUGCAGAGCAAAUUUCCAAUCCUGUGCCCACAUAAACUUAAAUCUACACUGAAGAAGAAGCUCUGCACUGUUUUUGAGGGAAUUCCUAAAGCAGGAAACCCAACCCCUCUGAAUCAGAUCUACACAGAGCUCCAUAUCACAGAGGGAGGGACUGCAGAAGUCAAUAAUGAACAUGAGGUCAGACAAAUAGCAACCAGGAAACCAGACAGACCAGAAAAAAUAAUCAGACAAGAAGACCUCUUUAAAAUCUCACCUGGAAGAAAUAAACCAAUCAGAACAGUGCUGACUGAGGGAGUGGCUGGCAUUGGGAAAACACUGUUGACACAGAAGUUCACUCUAGACUGGGCUGAAGAAAAAGCCAACCAAGACAUCCAGUUCAUAUUUCCAUUCAGUUUCAGAGAGCUGAAUGUGCUGAAAGAGAAAAAAUUCAGCCUGGUGGAACUUGUUCAUCACUUCUUUACUGAAACCAAAGAAGCAGGAAUCUGCAGCUUUGAAGACGUCCAGGUUGUGUUCAUCUUUGAUGGUCUGGAUGAGUGUCGACUUCCUCUGGACUUCCACAACACUGAGAUCAUAACUGACCCUACACUAUCCACCUCAGUGGAUAUGAUACUGACAAACCUCAUCAAGGGCAACCUGCUCCCAUCUGCUCACCUCUGGAUAACCACACGACCUGCAGCAGCCAAUCAGAUCCCUCCUAGCUGUGUUGACAUGGUGACAGAGGUGAUAGGGUUCACUGAUCAACAGAAGGAGAAGUAUUUCAUGAACAGAUUUAGAGAUAUGAAGUUGGCUAGCAAAAUAAUCUCCCAUAUCAGGACAUCACGAAGCCUCCAAAUCAUGUGCCACAUCCCAGUCUUCUGCUGGAUCACUGCUACAGUUCUGGAGGAUGUACUGAAAACCAGAGAGAGGGGACAGCUGCCCAAGACCCUGACUGAGAUGUACAUCCACUUUCUGGUGGUUCAGGUCAAAGUAAAGAAGAUAAAGUAUGAUGGAGGAGCUGAGACAGAUCAACACUGGAGUCCAGAGAGCAGGAAGAUGAUUGAGUGUCUGGGAAAACUGGCUUUUGAGCAGCUGCAGAAAGGAAACCUGAUUUUCUAUGAAUCAGACCUGACAGAGAGCAGCAUUGAUAUCAGAGCAGCCUCAGUGCUGUCUGGCUGUCUGAUUACACAUGAAGGUUUUACUUCUCUGGCCUCAACUCUGAGUUCUAGCUGCUCCCAUCUGAAAGAACUGGACCUGAGCUACAAUCAUCCAGGAGAGGCAGGAGUCAAGCUGCUGGAGAAUCUGGAACUGAAAACUCUCAGGGUGGAGCCUGCUGGAGAACAAUGGUUGACACCAGGUCUGAGGAAGUAUUCCUGUCAACUCACAAUCGACACAAACACAGUACACAGAGAACUUAAACUCUCCGACAACAACAGGAAGGUGACACGUGUGGAGGAGAAUCAGUCAUAUCCUGAUCAUCCAGACAGAUUUGAUUACCUGUAUCCCCAGCUGUUAUGUAAAGAUGAGCUGACUGGUCGCUGUUACUGGGAGGUCGAAUGGAGAGAACUGGUUGAUAUAUCAGUGAGUUACAGAGGAAUCGUAAGGAAAGGAGACAGUAAUGACUGUUUGUUUGGAAGGAAUGAUCAAUCCUGGAGUCUGCGCUGCUCUCAUGAUUAUGGAUACAGUGUUUAUCAGAAUAAGGAAAACAGAUCCAUCUCCUCCUCUUCCUCGUCAUCCUUCAUCUCUAACAGAGUAGCAGUGUAUGUGGAUCAUCCUGCUGGCACUCUGUCCUUCUACAGAGUCUCCUCUGACACUCUCAUCCACCUCCACACCUUCAACACCACAUUCACUGAACCUCUUUAUGCUGGAUUUGGGUUAUGGUUUGGUCAGUCUGGUGCUUCAGUGACUCUGUGCUGAGUUGAGUGUACAGAGUGUCCUCCUGUUAGAGAAGCACUCUGACUGUUGAAGAGAUAGUUCAGUCUGUGCAUGUCUGUCUCUUUCACUCAGAAACACAUUUUCAGAUUUGUGCAUUCAAUCAGUUGAUGUUUAAACUGUUCUAAAUGAUUCCUUGUAAAGUUCCUCUUCAGUCCUUCAAAGAUGGAAGCUACGAUUAUUCCAGGAUCCACGUGUUGUUUUUCUUUUUCCACUCAAAGCUGCACAGUGAGUAUCAGUAUGCUGUUUUUCUUUUAAGCUCAGGUGAGCAGAGAUGAUUCAGUUCAUUUUAGUUGCAGUUAGUUUGUUGCAGAUGAGACAAACUGUGAUAUCAGAGAGGAGUCACUGAGCUUACCCAAAAGAUCAAUUUACAAACUGUUCAGAUAUUCACACAUUAGUCUCCAAUGGAUACAAAUUUUAUGAGCAGCCAGGGUUUGUGAUAUGUGUUUUGUUUUUAGAAUAAUGAAAUAUAGGACUUUAACUUGCUUGUGGUGGCAUUAAGUGAUCCCCUAAAUGUAUUAGUUCCCAACAUUAUUCAUUGUUGAAUCACUAUUUUGUGUUGGUGAAUGCCAGUAUUGUAGUUUUAUUGAGAACCUGCUCAGUUUCCACCAAAAAAGUCUAAUAGGCAUAUUACAGUGAGACUCCAGUUUCAUCAGCAAAUAAAAUCUCUCUCCAAUGUACAUUCAAAGAACGAUGAAUUUUUAGUAAAUGUUUAGUCCUUUUAUUGGAUGAGCAUGACACUGCCUCUGAGAACCUAAAAUUAUGUUGGUGUGUCUAGACUUUUACAUCGCUUUUUUGGUUGUGACCUUAUUUAAUUCCUUAACGCCUAGUGUAUCAUAUUUGACACAUAGAGGGGUUUUUCUUUGCCAGUUUUGGGGAUUUCAACAUCAUUGUGAAUUUUUCAACUGUGUGAAUUUUUCCCCCUGUAAAACCUAAAUAAAUUGCAAAAUAUAUUUUUAAGCAAUUAAAAAAACAUAAGAAAAUAUGAUACAAAUUAAAUGUCAUAUAUGGAAAUGUGAUUUUUUUUUUAUUUAAAAAAUGAAACGAAAGAAGGUUAAAUAAACACUAUUUUUUAAAAAGUAAAAUUUUCUGGCAAUUAUUUCAUGAUUCAGGCUUUAAAGGGUUAAUGUAAGUUAUCUAAGAUAAUAUAAUUUCUUUCCUUUGUUGUGACGAAAACAUGUGUACUGUGCUUGUAACUCCAAUAAAGCCAUUCUUCAUGUCA